CCCAUAACUCCGUGUGCUCGCCCCUCCCGCCCUCUUUCCGCCAUCUUUCCGUGCCGCCAUAAUGGUGCGCAUGAACGUCCUGGCCGAUGCUCUGAAGAGUAUCAACAAUGCCGAGAAGAGAGGCAAGCGCCAGGUUCUCAUUAGGCCGUGCUCCAAAGUCAUCGUCCGGUUUCUAACUGUGAUGAUGAAGCAUGGUUACAUUGGCGAAUUUGAAAUUAUUGAUGACCACAGAGCUGGGAAAAUUGUUGUGAACCUCACAGGCAGGUUGAACAAGUGUGGAGUAAUCAGCCCCAGAUUUGAUGUGCAACUCAAAGAUCUAGAAAAAUGGCAGAACAACCUGCUUCCGUCCCGUCAGUUUGGUUUCAUUGUGCUGACAACCUCUGCGGGCAUCAUGGACCAUGAAGAAGCAAGACGAAAACACACGGGAGGGAAAAUCCUGGGAUUCUUUUUCUAGGGAUGUAAUACAUAUAUGCAAAUAAAAUGCCUCAGUGGACUCUGGUGCUUCACUCGGUCGUUUUGAAUGUGACAGCAGAGUAGCAAGAGCUCCUGUGGCAGUGUGCAGCCUUUGUUAAUUGGUGAAUGCUGUUUCCCUGAAGUGAAUAAGAAGGUCUUGACUUGUGACAACUCAUCCAUCAUGCUCAUGGCCCAGCAGAGGAAGGCGCCUGGCCCUGGAUGGUUGAAUAUGGGUUGGGGCCCAGGUGGUGAAGCUGUCCCUUUCUGGAGUCUUAUGUCAGCCCUGGAAAGAAUGGUGCUUUUCCUCUUUAUAGCUUGACAAUAGUACUCAUUUCAUGUACUGUUGUUAACUGCCCUGAAAAUAUAUGGUUGAUUAAUUGUAAGUAAGUGCUUAAUAAGGAAACAAGGACCUCUAGAGCCCACAGCUCACUAAGACUCAUCUCAAAGUAAAUUUGGAUGGCAUGUCAGCAACAUUUUAGCCAUGUGUUCGUAAAAUGGCAUUUUAAAAACUAGUUCUGUAAACCUGUCACAAGUUUAUUUCUGGGGUUGAGGUGAAUGAGUUUGCUGGACCACUUUACCCGGGAAAUGCUUAUAAAGAGCUCAACCACCAAAGAGGACAGGGUGCUUCUUUGAAAUAGACCAGGUUUCCACUCCCCUUUUUAUAGCAUUUUGUAUUACGUUAAAAUUUUAACGUAAUUGAUUCAAAAUGGAAUUUUACUCUGUAAUAAGUCUUUGAAAUCA